UACGUCAUGGGCUGAUGUUCAAAUCUCAACAUGUGACGCACCAAUAGCUUAUAAACCAUUUUCACUUUGCUGCUACACGGAAAAUUUACCAAGUGGUGCAUCAGUAUUUUUCUCAAACAACUCCGGUCAUUUAGCCAGGAUAGGGCCAUCUUGUGACAUUUGGUAUUAUGGCGUCGGCGAAGCUUCCGGUUUGAUACUGAGUUGUACCAAAAAGGGGAACGCUACGGUUUACAGUUUAACGCUACAGAACAAAAUUUUUACAGACUACGCAGACGACAUCUUUGAAUGUGGUUUCUAUGGUAACAAGUCAAGAACAACAAUAACCGUCCUAGAUAGUCAUACCACAAGAGUUUUCAUACCUGGUUCAAGUCCUGUGUUGUAUUACAAGUUACUAAAUAGUUUGGCAAGUAACAUAAGAUUAUACAUGCUCCAGUCUAACGUUACACUCCUUGAAGUCGAUCAAAAAAACAACGUGGCGUACUAUGAUACUGGCAUUAUGUUCAACGGAAAUGUUCAUCAAAACAACUUCUCCGCAAUAAUUCUAAACUUACAAAGACAAAGGAACGGGACUUAUGUCUGUGAAUACACUAUUGAUGAUGGCACAACUGUACGAGACGGCAUAACUGUUGGUGUACUAGGAAACCCAAAGGUGCCAGAAAUUAGAAAUACCACGUGGAAAGUGUCCGGAAGUAAAAUAUCCGGAAAUGUGACAUGUGACGCAGUUUCCGGUUCCGCUGCUCCACUUUUCUUCAAGCCUCUUUUCAUGACUAAAUGGGUCAUUCCAUCUAAAGACGAUUGGCCGGAAGGAAACAAAGGUUACGAUUCAACAAGCAAUGGAUCUUCAGCUUACAUAUCAAACGUUGAAUGUAGCACUACAAAUUUACUGCCGAUAUAUUGCUCAGUGUCCGAAAGUGAUUUAAUUUCAGACAGAAGUCCAGGGCUUUUUCCAAACAUAAUAUGCAAGUAUUUUCGAUUUUAUCAUAUGAAUGUGUGGUUAAGCAUUUGUAUAAUGGGAAAAUUAGGAUAUUAA